GAAGAACAGCAUGGGGACUCUUGCUGGCCUAGAUUGGCAGAGGUCAAUGCCCAGUGCCUGCAGGCAUAGGGGAGCCUGCUCCCUUGCUCUUAGCAGGCAGUGAUACGCAGUGCUGAGCAGGCCGAUCCCAACAGGAAUGCCUUUGAUUUGGCAUUUCGUAACCUCACGCUUCUGCAGAUAAUGGAUGCUGGGAGCACAUCACACUGUCACUGGCAUGGGGGAAGCCUUGACAAGGCAAAUGCUUGCUCAGCACCCUCAUAUGCCCUGUGGCUCUUCAAAGAAUGCCUGAGGCCGCCCUGAGAUCAAGCCCGUGAGGAAGAGCCAUGGCACGCUUGGCACUUGCAGUCAGCCUUUGUCACGCUGCUUGCCCUCUGACACAUGGAGAUAAUGAAAAGCCAGUGGGGACAAUCUGACCCAUGAGGUGGCAGCAGUCAAGUGACCAAGCAGGGUAAUUGCUGGAGCUGAUAGAGCGACUUGGGGCUGGUGAGGAAGCGGCAUCAGCAAAACAGCCCUGCACCACGCAGGGAGGAGGCCAGGAAUUGGCUGCCAUGAGCCACGUGCCCCCAGCACGGCCGCUGCUCCCCACCCUCGCCAGCCAGGCAUAAAAGCACUGCCCGGGCUGAGUGCUGGCAUCCACCGCUCCUGCCUUGCUCUGCUCAGGAAAAGGGCUCAGCUCUCUCGCACCAAGAUGUCUUGCUACGACCUGUGCCCACCAAGAACCGGCGUUGCCGUCCCCCAGCCCAUCGCUGAGAGCUGCAACGAGCUGUGCGCCCGCCAGUGCCCCGACUCUUCAGCCUUCAUCCAGCCACCGCCUGUGGUUGUCACCUUCCCCGGCCCCAUCCUCAGCUCCUUCCCCCAGCAAGCCGUGGUGGGCUCCUCCGGAGCACCCGCCUUUGGGGGCAACCUGGGGCUGGGAGGCCUCUACGGUGCUGGGGCCACUCAGGCCUCAGGGGGUCUCUGCACCUUUGGCAGACCCUACGCUCCUGCCGCCUGCAGCCCUCUGGCUCUGCCCCGCUACAGCCAGAGGCUCUGGAACUCCUGUGGGUCCUGCUAG